AAGGAGACGCAUCGCGCUGGAUUCUGUAUAUUUACCCUUAUACAAAAAAUGGACAGGACUAUGUACGGCAAGGUGACGCCGGGCACUUACCAGCCCUAUAGGUGCGCUUUGAAAAACGGAUCAUCCCCUGCAUAUGCCCUGCUUGCGGAUUUACAAAACUCAAUUUCACCAGGGAGUAGGAGUGCUGGAUAUGGCUCGCUCAGGUCGAGGGGAGGCAGUGGCCAGCAAGACUACGCAACAGUCAAUCCGGUCAAAUCCACUUCUUUACGAAACACACCGACCUCACCAUCAUCGUACCAUGUUGAAUCGACCGGAGGUGGUAAAAUGGCAACAUCUCUCAACAACAACCUGUCUGAGCUUGACACCCUUCUGGAAGAUCUGAGCAGUUCGAGAUACUCUUCUGAAAAACGAGGCCCUGUUCAGAUGAAUGGAACUCUUGUUCAUGCCACCCCGCCAAGGCAAAACUCAAGCCAUCUAAUAGAAGAAUAUAGAGCUCUAAAUGGAGCUGCCCCUGGCCAGGACAGCCACCUUUUGAAGAAAGUCAUGAUCGAAGAAACAACGACAACCACUACAAAAACAACAAGGCCUACUGCGUCUUCUGCAACAAGGGAACUCGAUGACUUGAUGGCAUCGCUGUCCGAAUUCAAGGUCGCUCAUCCUCCAGAGUCUACAUACGCCAAGCCCAGGACCAAAAAAGAGGGCGCGGCACAUUUGGAUUGCAUGCUAGAUAGUCUUCAAGCAGACAUGAGCAAACAGGGAGUUAACACGACCCAGAAAGGCUGUUGUUCAGCUUGCGACAAACCGAUUGUCGGUCAAGUCAUCACUGCUUUGGGCAAAACAUGGCAUCCGGAACACUUUGUUUGUAGCCAUUGCAACCAAGAAUUGGGCACUAGGAAUUUUUUUGAAAGGGAUGGCCGCCCAUACUGCGAGCCAGAUUACCACAAUCUCUUCUCACCAAGAUGCGCUUAUUGCAACGGGCCAAUUCUCGAUAAAUGUGUGACAGCGCUUGAAAAAACUUGGCACACAGAACAUUUCUUCUGUGCACAAUGCGGAAAGCAAUUUGGAGAGGAAGGCUUCCACGAAAAGGACGGUCGGCCGUAUUGUAGGGAUGACUAUUUCGACAUGUUUGCUCCUAAAUGUGGAGGCUGUAGCAGGCCAAUUAUGGAAAAUUAUGUAUCAGCGUUGAGUAUGCAAUGGCAUGCCGAUUGUUUUGUGUGUAGGGACUGUAGACAACCGUUUCAAGGUGGAUCAUUCUUUGAUCAUGAAGGUUUGCCAUACUGUGAAACACAUUAUCACUCUAAGAGAGGAUCGCUAUGUGCCGGAUGUCAUAAACCUAUCACUGGAAGAUGUAUAACAGCAAUGUUCAAAAAGUUCCACCCGGAACACUUCGUCUGCGCUUUCUGCCUCAAACAGCUGAACAAGGGCACUUUCAAAGAGCAGAACGACAGGCCGUACUGUCACGCCUGUUUCGAUAAGUUGUUCGGAUGAGCAAUUACAUCUAAGAAGACAGUUCAGACGAAGAAAACACCAUAAAAUACUAGAUAAUUGACUAUUUUAACAAUGUCGAACCUUCAGUAUUUCUCCCAUACUUCCUCCUUUUUUAUAUCAUGUAAAAAAACAAAAAUAGCUUUAUCUUCUUUGUAAAUUGUUUUCCUUUUUAACAUUUUUUUUUAGGUAUGAAUUGUAUUAUAUUUAAAUCCAAAUAAAUAUUUAUAUUCCAUUUAGACGGUUUGGCUCUUGUAAGCGUUUCCGUAGAAUUCUCAGAUAAUUGCACUGAUCCGCAAAAUGUAGUGUAAUACAUUAUUGUACCAAUAGCUGUUAUUUUUUUAUUUUAUUGUUUUUAAAGAGAAUAGCUCAACCAAAUUGUAAAAUUUCUCUUGUUCUGUGUUCAUUUCAUAGAUAAUCAUUUAACUCUUUUA